CUGACAGAACACAGCUGAUCAAGUCGGCCGAGCGUCUACAGUGCGUAAGAAAAAACAGGGCCACUGUAGAAAAUCCAUUCGAAUUUUACUGUAUCUGAAUACAGCAUCUUUUUGUGAUGGAGACGGAGGUGCAAAUUAAAAACCAGCAUCUUUUAGGGAUGGAGACGACGGAGGUGCAAAUUAAUAACCAUGCGUUUUCGUUGAAAAACAAACGAGGAUGGCUAGUUACAUUUUGUACAUUUUGCAUCAUCUUACCAGUUACGGGGAUCCUUAGUAGCUUUGGUGUCAUGUUAGUUGAGUUACAACGAGAGUACCCAGACCUCUCAGAUACAAAAGCAGGAUGGAUAGGUUCUUUAGCGUUCGGUAUUAUGUUCGGAUCAUCUCCAUUAUCAACGGGUCUCUUCAAACGCUACAGUCAUCGGAUAGUUGCAACUGUCGGAGUGUUAAUGUGCUGUGCUGGUCUGGUUGCCUCAUCGUUCGCACACAAUGUAAAUUUUCUCUUCGUCUCAUAUAGUCUUGUUUUCGGAAUCGGCAGCAAUUUUGUAGACAAUACAUCCCUUCAUUUAAUUGGACUACAUUUCCCGAGAAAAAAUAGCGCCAGGGCGACAUGUUUUGCUACUCUGGGAUGGAGUGUAGGUGCUCUUUCAAUGAAUCCGAUGGCUGAGAUUCUCUGUCAAAAGUAUGGUUGGCGAUGGACUUACAGAGUGUUUGCCGCAUUUACGUUGGUAGUCGGACUUGCUGUUAUUACGUUCGAGCCUAGAACUGUUCACACUUUUACAGCUCUUAAAGAGGAGUGCUAUAAGGAACCUGUAGAUAAGAAACCUGAGUUAGAAGUUAUGGUCAUAUCGUCCGGAGAAGAGAAAAAACAGGUGCUGCUUAAACGCAAGAACCAUCAGACGACAACAGAAUACAUUAAACUUUUCAUGAAAGCGCUGCAAGCGCCUGGAAUCUUGCUUUGGUUUUUUGGCAAUAUCUCGUUAAAUCUUUCGCUCAUAUUUCCAUUCGUUAACAUGGUGAAAUUCAUGACCACCAUUGGUAUCAGUUUACGGGGGGCCGCCUUCAUUCUUUUGUGUGUUGGUAUUGGUGAUUUCAUCGGUCGGUUUACAAGCACGAUUGUCGGUGAUCAUUUACCAUUCCCAUCGAUCUAUGUCUAUCCUAUUUUCUCUUCGAUUAUGGCAGCUGCAACAUGCAGCCUGGUCGUCGCAGACACAUACGUUCAUCUCAUAAUUUAUGCAAUAGUAAUUGGUGUUUGUACAGGUAUCGUGAAUAGUAUGCUCUUUAAGGCAACAAUGGACUUAUUCGGCAGUAAAAUACUAGCAGAGUCAUGGACAAUAUCUCUUCUUGCUGCGGGUAUCGGUGUCAUGGUCGGGCCAACAGUUGCAGGGCUUUCAUACGAUAAAACGGGAUCGUUCGAGAUAGCUUUCUAUAUCAGUACCGGAUUUUUCCUUUGUGCGUUGUUGCUAACGCUUGCAAUACCGUAUGCCCAGAAAAAAGCCGGCUGGCGGCCUGAGCCGCCAGAAAAGAACGGACACGUUAUGCAGGAGACGGUUGGCAUUUUCGCAACACCAAGAGGUGAAGAGAUUGUUCAUGACUACAUAACGACAUUAUGAUUAAACAGAUGCUGCACUGUGAUAAACAUAUACAAAUGAAUGCAUCAUAAACUCAGGAUGCAGUAUGAAGGCCAAAGUAAAACGACUCAGUACGCGAACAUUUUUAAAACCCUGGAUGGUCGAAGAAAGCAAAAUAUAUUUUCUUUAGAUUGAUGUCGGUUGUUGUUAAGAUUCGUAAGACAAUAACUCUAAAAUCACACACACACACAUAUAUAUAU